UCAUUGGUUGAAAGCGAAAUGGGAUGAAAACCAAAACCCUACACAAACACCGACACCAACAUCAUCGGCCACACCCAGAGAGACAGACAGUCAUGGGUUUCCUCCUCGUUUUCUUCCCAGAACACACCAUUGCUGCAAAAACCAAAACCAAAACCAAAACCAAAACCAACCUUUUCUGUUCUUCUUCUUCUUCUUCUCUCAGGAGAAGAAGCACCAUCAACACCCUUCUCUCCAAAGCCCAAUCUACACUCUCCAUAUGCCUCUUUCUCCUCUUCACCACCCUCCUACUCUUCACCCUCUCCACAUUCCAACCCUCCACCCCCCACAAACCUUACACUCCCCACAACUCCUCAAACGACGCCGUUUCCCCCGCACUUCAACGCUUGGGCACCCUCUACCGCCGGGGCACCCGUGCCAUGAACCACCUCCUCCUCUGCCACGUCUCCCAUGACACCCCCCUCCCCCAUCUCCGCCUCUUCCUACGACUCCUCCACCGCUCCGGCCUCACCUCCAAAUCCGACGUCGUUUUCAUCCUCCCCUCUUCCUCUCCCUCCUUCGCUUCCCUUCUUCACGACGAGAACAACUCCUUCCUUUCCCUUGUCACUCUCCAUGCCCGCCUCAACUCCACCCGCCCCUCCGACUCCACCUUCGACGUUUCUCCCUUCCUGAAUUCCCCCGGAAGAGGAGAGGCCCUCUGGGGGGUUAAAAUUCGAAGCUUUUCUAAUAGCUCCGAGAGUAAGUUCACUCGGGCGAGUUACGGCUCGGUGCUGAGUUUCAACGUCGACGAACUCGACCCGGAGAAUUCUCUCGCUGGCUUCCUAGACCGAGUUCCCCUCAGCUUACGACGCUGGGCGUGUUACCCCAUGCUGCUCGGGCGAGUCAGGAGGAAUUUCAAGCAUGUCAUGCUCGUGGACGUUAACAGCGUGUUGAUUUUCAACGACCCACUCGGGCGAUUCAGGAAUCGGAGUCCCGACUCGGUUUUCGUUUUCCCUAAACGCGGUAGGAACUCGCAGAGAACUCAGUCUCGUCGCCCUGUCAACUCGGCAGUGUUGAUGGGCGGUGCCCGCGGGAUCCGGCGCGUUUCCCAGGCGACUCUGGUGGAAAUUGUGCGAGCCGCGGUGCGCAAAAACUCGGUUUCAGACUCGGCCAUUCUGAGUCAACUCGCUAGCAACGAGUUCGUGUUAAAGAACGUGGAUUUGAUCGUGGCGAGCGAGCCGUUACCGGAACCGAGUUCGUUCACAUUUGGCACGACGUCGUUUUCGGAUCAUUUGAUAAUUCAGCGGGGUGUGGGUAACUCUGAUCUAAAUUACAUUGUUAAUAACCAAAUAUGUUCUUCUGUGAUUGAUUCUUUUGUUUAUAGUGAUUGUCAACAAUCGAAAAACUAGAAAAAUAAAGACAAAAUAGAAAAAAAAAAUUAGAAAUUCUUA